AUGACUGUCAUCAGAUUUGCCAAUAUAUCCAUAUUGGAGCAUGUUCCUUCUGGGAAUCAUCAAGUUACUGCCGUUGGGCAUGCAGCAAUGUUGGCUGCUAUUCAGAGAUAUGUUCCAGCACUAAUUCCAUCCACUUAUGCACCAGAAAGAUUGGAUCUCUUGAGGCAACUUGAGAAAGUGAAGCAAAUGACAGCCGGUGAUAUGGGCUCAGAUGAGGAAGUGGAUGACAAUAAAUGA